UCUUUUUAAAAUUAUUCAGUGUCAAAGUUACAAAGACGAUAUAGUGCUGAGAUCCAAAGUAUCCAUUCAUUGUACAUAGGAUUAUCCGAAGGAUCUCGUUGAUGUUGGACAAAUCCAAAAUGCUUCGAAAUCCUCUUCUUCAUGUUUAAGGUAACAAGUGUUGGAGUUCUUAAAGAUGCAUUAGCAUCAUGCUUGAUGCAGAUAGAUAAUUACUGCUAAAAGUCGAUCACGAUCCCUCUAUACAAUGUCGAAGAGUGGUGAGGUUCAGUGGAAAAGUGAGAAUUUGGGUAAGCGGAGAUGGGUUUUCAUUGUGUUUCUUGGGAUACUGACACUUCAUGGAUUGGCUAUUCUCGUCUUCACCAGAGGAUUCCUCCUAACUCGCACUGAGCUUUCACAAUUUAGUCACUGCUCUGAUAUUCAACAAUCUCCUUGCUUCUCUCCUCCUCAAGAUGAUCAAAUGGUUAACCAUUCCAGAGUGUGCUGGACGAAACCAGCCGUGGAUCGCAUUGUCAUCAUUAUUCUUGACGCUCUUAGGUAUGACUUUGUUGCUCCAAGUACCUUUUUUGAAGAGAAAAAGCCGUGGAUGGACAGAUUGCAGGUGUUGCACAAGUUGGCAUCUCAGCCAGGUUCAUUUGCUAAGAUCUUUAAAGCUAUUGCUGAUCCUCCAACGACCAGUUUGCAACGUCUAAAGGGAUUAACGACUGGUGGGCUUCCAACUUUUAUUGAUGUGGGUAAUAGCUUUGGUGCACCUGCUAUUGUUGAAGAUAAUUUGAUAUAUCAGAUGGCUAAGAAUGGAAAGCGAGUUGUGAUGAUGGGAGAUGACACAUGGGUUCAGCUGUUUCCUCAACAUUUUAAUAUAUCUCAUCCAUUCCCUUCAUUUAAUGUAAAAGACCUUGACACGGUAGAUAAUGGCUGCAUUGAGCACUUGUUCCCGUACUUGUAUAAAGAAGAUUGGGAUGUACUUAUAGCACAUUUUCUUGGCGUGGAUCACGCUGGACAUAUUUUUGGUGUGGAUUCUCCUGAAAUGAUAGAAAAGCUGGAUCAGUACAAUGGGCUUUUGGAGAAAGUUGUUGAUGUUCUGGAAAGCCAAAGUGGACCGGGCGGGUUACACGAAAAUACUCUGCUUCUUGUGAUGGGUGAUCAUGGACAAACCAUUAAUGGUGAUCAUGGUGGAGGUGCUCCAGAAGAGGUUGAAACGUCUCUAUUUGCUAUGAGUUUGCAAAAGCAUCCAUCUUCCUUACCGUCCGAAACUGAUAGCUUAUCUUGUCGACUUGACAUGGAGAAAAGAAAAAUAUGCACUAGCUCCAUUGAGCAGCUCGACUUUGCUGCAACAGUAUCUGCUCUACUUGGCAUUCCCUAUCCUUUUGGAUGCAUUGGGCGUGUUAAUCCUGAACUCUAUGCAUUAGCUGCUGGUAGUUGGAACUUGGACAUUUUUAACCCCGAAAGUGGAAUAAAUCUUUCAACAUUGGAAAGGUGGAUGCAGAACUACGUCAAUGUCCUCUGCGUUAAUACAUGGCAGGUGAAAAGAUACAUUGAUGUAUAUUCAGCUUCAUCAGUGAUAGGAUUUUCAGACAAAGAUAUGUCUCAUGUAUCGAACCUCUAUGCUGAGGCCCAUGAUAUUUGGUUAUAUACCAAGGAAGCUGUAUUGAAGUGUAAAAGUGAAAGUGAAAGUUGCUCGACAUUGUUACCGCAACUGAAGAAGCAAGUUGAAGCUUAUUCUAAUUUCUUGUCAAGUAUUGCUGCGCUUGCUCGUUCCAAAUGGACAGAGUUCAAUCUAAAGAUGAUGGGGGCUGGUUUAUGCAUCUUGGUGCUCUCUCUUUUUGUUCACAUUUUCACCAUCAAGAAAUUGGACAAACUAUGCAGUUGCUAUCUUCCUCGCAGUGGAAAUUUUGUAGUUUCUUUUGAAGCUAUUUUUGCUUAUGCUGCUGUGCUGAUUCGUGCAUUCAGUUUCCUUUCAAAUAGUUUCAUCUUGGAGGAAGGUAAAACGGCAAGUUUUCUAUUGGCCACGGCUGGAAUGCUUCAAUUACGUCAUGCAAUAGUGAAAAAGAAGAUGCUUCUUGAAGGACUUCUUUUUGUUCUGGUGGUUCCUCUUCUCAGAUUUGGUAUCGAACUUGGACAGUCAAAACAGGCUGUCAAUUCUUUAUUUUUGAAGUCAUUUGCUUCAUGGACUGUAAGCAUUGACAACGGCACGAACUUAUGGAUUUAUGUUGCUGAUAUCUUGCCCUUUUUAGCUCUCGUCUUUUUAGCUUAUAUACUUUACAAGAGCAUCAGGCACUGUUGCUGUCGGGGGAUAUUCAAGUAUGUUGUUGUUGGAACCAUAUUUACUUCUUCUCUUAUAGCUAUGUCUUGGGCUUUAGAUGGUAACAUAUUCAGUCCGAGCGCGGUGAUUGUGGAUAUAAAAGCAUAUUGGAUUCCUCGGAUCAUCUAUGUUAUUGGUCUUCUGCAAUUACUUUUACUGGCAAUAUCUCAACUUUGUGGUAAAGAGAAGACUUCAGGUUGGGAGGAAGAUACAAUUGUUAAAGCAACUGCCAUGUUAUCAGCAUGGAGUUCAACAAUAAUCAUCUUAUCGGGGAAACAAGGUCCUCUAGUUGCUCUAGCAGCAGUAAUUCAAGGGUGGUGCAUAAUUAGGUUGAUGACGUUGGAACGAGGAAAGAACGACUGUUACGAAAGUUCAACUUCAUAUUCUUCUCCAGUGGCAAAGUGGAGCCUUUUAGCUGUGUGUCUGUUUUUCUGCACUGGACACUGGUGUGCCUUUGAUGGCCUCCGUUAUGCUGCUGCGUUCGUUGGGUUUGACGAAUUCAGCCUUGUUCGUCAAGCCGCGUUGCUUACCAUCGAUACAUUUGGUUUCUCCCACAUUCUUCCAGUAAUGGGACUUCCACUUAUCGUUGCUGCUUGUCGACGUCCAGAAGUCCAGGCUGAGAAAAGGAAACAACUGUUUUUUCUCCAGUUAUGCCAGGUCUAUUUGAUGUAUGGACUUAUUAUGGCUAUAUCUAUGACACUUACAAUUAUAUGCGUUACGAUUCAAAGGCGUCACUUGAUGGUAUGGGGUUUAUUUGCUCCAAAGUUUGUCUUCGAUGCUGUCGGUCUUCUUCUCACCGACUUCUUCAUAUGCUUCGCAUCACUGUACUAUUUCAAAUGACCAAAUAAACUAGACGCAGAAUCAAGCAUGAUGGAGGUAAUUGACAAUCUUUCA